UCAACUCAACUGCUCCUCUAUUUGUCUCUUUUCACACAUCCAACACUGAAAAAAAAAAACUCCACAAGAGAAGCCGAGAAAUACUGAAAUUCAAUCAUACCUCUGAAAAAUCAGUAAUGGCGAAAUCUCAGAUCUGGUUCGUCGGAACCCUAGCUUUGCUCCUUGUUGCAUCAGCUUUCGCCGAUGAUGUCGUCGUUUUGACGCAGGAAAAUUUCGAUAAGGAGGUCGGUCAAGAUCGUGCUGCUCUCAUUGAAUUCUACGCUCCAUGGUGUGGGCACUGUAAGAAACUCGCCCCAGAAUAUGAAAAGCUUGGGGCAAGUUUCAAAAAGGCCAAGUCUGUUUUGAUUGGAAAGGUCGAUUGUGAUGACCAGAAAGACCUGUGUGGCAAAUUUGAGGUUCAAGGAUAUCCCACAAUUAAGUGGUUUCCAAAGGGAUCCUUGGAGCCCAAGAAGUAUGAAGGUGCACGUACUGCUGAAGCACUUGCUGAAUAUAUUAACACUGAAGGAGGGACCAAUGUGAAGAUUUCUGCUCCUCCAUCGAACGUGGUGAUACUUACACCUGAUAACUUUGAUGAAGUUGUUAUGGAUAAAUCGAAAGAUGUUCUAGUUGAAUUCUACGCUCCAUGGUGUGGUCACUGCAAGUCAUUGGCUCCAAUCUACGAAAAGGUUGCAACUGCAUUUAAAUCGGACGAUGUGGUGAUUGCAAGUCUUGAUGCUGAUAACUACAAAGAUUUGGCAGAGAAGUAUGGCAUAAGUGGCUUCCCAACAUUGAAAUUUUUCCCCAAGAACAACAAAGAUGGUGAAGAUUAUGAAGGUGGCCGAGAUUUGGAUGAGUUUGUAAGCUUUAUCAAUGAGAAGUGUGGCACCAGUCGCAACAGUAAGGGACAGCUUACCUCAACGGCUGGUAUUGUUGCAUCCUUGGAAAAUCUGGUAAAGGAAUUUGUAAGUGCGACCAAUGAGGAGAAGAAGGCCGUCUUUAACCGAUUUGAGGAAGAAGUUGGCAAGCUUGAGGGUUCUGCGGCAAGGUAUGGCAAGAUCUAUACCAAGGUUGCCAAAAGCUGCAUGGAAAAGGGUGCUGACUAUACGACAAAAGAAAUCCAGAGGCUUGAACGGAUGCUUAGCAAGGCAAUCAGCUCCUCGAAGGCUGAUGAGUUCACUCUAAAGAAGAAUAUCUUGUCCGCUUUUGCCGCUUGAUCUACUGGCUUUUAUGUAUAAUGUUGGUAGAACAUUUAUACCCCGAGGGGCUGAUCUUGCGGAUACUAUGUCGGAGGGAAGAGGUUACUUACUACUAAGUGAUUUUCCCCGGUGCACGUUUUUGCUGCACAUUUUUGCACCUCGAGCUUAACUGUACUAGUAGAAUCUAUAGUUUUUGUUACAUGAUUAGAAAUAAUACACUUUGGAGGAAUGUUUACGGCGUCGAUAGGAUUAGGAGGUGCCAAUGACUUCGUCUUGCUUCGUUUGAUACAUUUGGUUUCACUCUAAUAGGAAUGCAUUUUAAUUUCAA